CAAGGAAAUAAAAGAUACAUGUUGUGAGAUUGUAGUAGGACUAAUUGACCACACCAAUAACCAGAAUCGAGAACAUAACGACGGCUGUGGAGCUAACAAACAGAAUGGUCUCUACAACUCAGCCAAGUUUCGUUGCCGAACCAGGUGGACCCAAUCCAUGCGUCGACAACACAGAACGCUGCAAAGAACAGGAAGAAGUGGAUAUCAAAGGGUUCCUACACCGGAACCAUAUUGAAUUUACGCUCGUGGCAUGGUCUUCACAAAAAGUUCCCACGGAUCGCUAUGCGAAUGGUCAGCACUGGUCGACACAAGCUUUGUUAAAGGGUUCCU